GAUGAAAUUCAAUGCACGAACGUUAAAUUUAAUUCCCUUAACCUCCAUGCCCUCCACUGGGCUCCACUGUAUUGUAACGAUCAACCACCGAACCACAGAUCGUAACAAUCGGUAACGAUAGUAACGAUCCUAACGGCAGGAAGGACUAGGAUACAAGUGAAAAAAGUGAAUGUAAGAGAAGGUGUAUGAUUAUAAACGAUUGUAAAUACCCGGCUCCCGUUGUCAGAUACAUUGUUGUACUGGUAGUGGUAUGUGAGAAUGGGUUGUCAAGAAGAAGGACAAGUAAAUUUACAAGUGUUUAAGGCGUGUCGUUCAUGAGCUGCCAUGAUUCGACUUAGGGCUUUGAAUGAAGAAUCUUCGGAAGAAAGCGAGGGGGAAGAAGAAAUUCCAUUAAUUACAAGAGAAGCACAGGAGCAAACUGCGUUUGCCCAGUAUAAUGAAGCCUUAGCAAUGCUGAGGGAGAAGAAUUUUGAAUCUGCAAGGACAGUUUUCCAGACGUUGCUUGAAAAUAGUUUCUUAGUUGAGAUUACAAAACAAGAUGGAACAGAAGGCUUGGGUCACCCAGGUUUGGUUCUGAAAUAUUCUUGCCUCAAGAAUAUGGGCACUCUACUAGAGAAACAAGGAGAAUUACAAGAAGCUUUGCAGCAUUAUCUUAAAGCUGCUGAACUGGAUGGGAGUGAUGUUACAUUAUGGUAUCGUGUUGGUACUGUUGCUCUUCAUGUCAUCGAAUAUGAACUAGCCUGUGAUGCUUUCCUUGAGGGGUUGCGAUGCAGCCCACGACACUGGCCAUGCUUGGACAACCUUGUGACCAUCUUGUAUGUGCUAAAUGAGUACGUUCCUUGCCUUCUGUAUAUAGCUCGAGCUUUUGAGCUAGACCCUGGUUUUGCCAAGGGGAUAGUGUUCAGGGACAAAAUCUUGGCAGAACAACCUUCAAUCAUCGAUGACUUCAAUCUUUACUGCAAAGGAUAUGAUCUAGGCUGUUUGGAUACCAAAUGUGAUGAUGAGUCCACUAAAGAAUUCAUUAAAGAAGCUCUGGAAAUGAGAGAAAAGAAACGGAAACAUUGUGGUGAUGGGUUUACUCCAGAACCAAUACAAACGAUUACACUGGUUCAGGAAAUUUUGGCCAAAACAUGGCUAGCAUUAGGAGAAAGUCUUGUACAUCUCCAUCAGCACAUUGAUGCCAAUAGAAAUAUAAGACAUUUUUGCUGCCCUGUUGAUCUGGAGGCCACAGCAGGAACCGUGAACCACACGGAGAAAGAUGUUAAGCCACCGGAUGAUGCAAUGGAUGUUGGCCAGGCAGCAAGUCAAGAUAUGAAGACUGGGGUGAAUGAGGAGGCCACCUCACUUGCUGCAGGGGAAGAAGAUGGAGCAGCUGAUGCCAGAGGAACCCCUGAAGGUGAUGAUGCUAAAUCUCGGAAGCGGCGUCGGAGCUCAUUGUCCUUUCUUGAACAGUGGAUGUGGGGUGGAAAGCGCCGUUCAGCCAGAGUUCGAUCUACAGUGAAAAGAGAGGCAGAAAGAGAAGAUGGUAACUUGCAGGAAGCAUUGAGGAGACUUGUGCCUCAGUCGUUAUUGCCAAAUGUUAUGAAAGAUGCCAAGCAAAAGGAACUAGAAGCUAUGAAAUUGACAGAAAACUCCUUAGAUACAAUGGACCUGUAUAAGCUCUUUGACAGGCGUGAGAGCACCGAAGGUCGAUCUGAUGACAAUCACCGUUCAGCUGUGGUUUCACCAAGAAAGGAGAAUGAAGAAAUGACAAAAAUAUUAACCGAUGAAGGUUAUUUUGGAUCUGAAAAGGAAAAUAAUGAUGUUGGGGAAUUUAUUUCGUCCAACACUCGGCAUAACAUCAUUGACUUGCUGAUCAGCUAUGUGAAGUUACUUAGUAAAAAGUGGCAGCUGUUGUGGCCUGCAGCCCUUACAGGGAUCUUCAUACAAGCUUACCAGUGUAUGAGGCAGCAUGUGCAUCAUCCCUCCCCAUUUUCCUCUGAUGAAGAUGCUGAUUGGCUCAGAGAAGAUGCUUGCAUCACCUUGCUGUAUGGAGAGCUGUUUCUUGACAGGUUGCUACAAAAUAAAACUGGGUACCAAGGCCAAAUCCCAGCUGAAUCAAUAGGACAGUUGGUGCUUCUGUCAGGUCAGGAAUGUUUAUUUGGUGCGGAACAUCUGAAAUACAUGCUGCGUCUGUAUUGGCUGAAAGCUCAUCUCUUCAUGAAUCAAGGGAAUUCAGAGAUUGCUAUGCAGUCUUUACACACAAUUUUGGGAUACCUUGAUGAGAGAUGUGACACAGACAACAUCGAAAAGGUUUUCCUGCCGAAUUGCAAGCACCAUAAUUAUAUUAGCAGGGAAGUGGCACAGAUAUUGCUUACUGCUCUGACAAGAAACCAGAGUUUAUAUGAAGUUCAGCAGCUGUAUGAUGAACAGCAGUAUGAUAAACUGGUAGAAAUUCUUCAGGAGACUUUCCACUAUUCGCAGCAGUCACAGCUUCCAUCUGCUUUAAUCAACAACAAUGCUUGUCCAGACCGUGCUACACAACUUGCAAUGUUAAUGGAUGCACUCUGGCAGUUGAAGAGAUAUCAGGAUUGUUUCUUCUGGGGAGAGGCAUGCUGCAAUGAAGCUCUACACAAGUACCUGAAUUCUGAGGACAAAGAACAGAGCAAGUGGGCAUCUACUGUUGAAAAACUACUUUCCGGCCUGGAAUCCUGUGUGAACAAGGCUGGACUUUCAGUUAUUGAUACUAUGGUGAACAACAGACUGGCCCGACUGGUCCAGAAUUUGACCCACAUUGUGUGUCACCAGUUGGAUGCCCCAGAAACAGCUGUUGAGAUGCCCAUAGAAUCAAUCAAUCCUUGGAUUCUGCUCCAACAAAUAUUGCAGCAGAAAGAAGAGAAAGGGAAGUUAACGUCUGCUUCAGAUGAAGAUGAAGAGCGAGAGGUUGUCAGGAGUGGGGAGUUGCCAGGCUAUAUCUCAGUGUUAUUUACUGCUCAUGACUUUCUUGGAAGGAGGUCUUGGUGCUGCAGCAGUGAAGGGGCACUUCUGUUACACACUAUGGAUGUAGUGAUUCCAAGACUGAAAGAUGAAAGGUUUAUUUCUGUUAGGGACAGAUUGAAUCAAGGCCUCGAACAGGCCUUCUUCUGCUUGUAUGCCCAUCCUAAUAAGAAAACGAAGGCACGCUAUCUUCAAGAUCAUGGUGUCCCACAGAUCCCCUUGACCUGGGCUCGAGGCAUGCAGUUGUAUCAGUUCUACUUACCUGAUGAACUGCCAGAAUUUGAUUCCUAUCGAGUUACCAGCAUCACAUCUGACGUAGAAUGUUUGCUGAAAAGGAUUGCUGCUUUAGUGCCUUCCCAGUAUAGUCCAGCACAUCUGGUGGAGAAAGUGAUGGCAUAUAUUGAUGGGACCAGUCCCAUUUUCCCUGUAUUAGGAGAUGCACGCAGUCAGUUGCCUCGCUCAAUGUCAGCGAUCUACUAUCUCUUGGCUGACUAUUAUUUCAAAGUCAAUGAAUGGGGCAAGGCAAUUAGACACUACCUACUUGACGUGUGUGUCAAUCCUGUUCGCAUUGACUCCUGGGCAGGGAUGGCCCUUGCACGUGGCAGUCAGCUGGAAACUAAACUUAAUUCUUGUGAACCAUUGAAGAGUGAGAUGGAAUUUCUGCGUCAAGCGUCUGCAGCUCAGCGUUGCUUUCAGCGCGCUCUCGAUAUUGAGGCUUCCCAUUCAUUAAUGUGGAUUGAAUAUGGUUCCUUUGUCUAUAUGGUGCAUUCCUUCUGUUCCCGGUUGCUGAAACAGGAAACAGACAGCCUUAGCCUAGAAAUGUUCGAGAUACUGGAGAACCGAAAGGAGAUGAUGUUGGAUAUAGCAGUGAAGUGUUUCACCACUGCCAGUAAGAUAUGGUAUGCCGCAGGAGAGGACAGUGGAAUUCAGGAUGAGCGAUGGCUGCAUCAAUAUAUGCUGGGCAAAGUAGCUGAAAAAAGGGACCAUGAUCCAAGUGUUUUCCUUGACCAUUUUGCAAAGGCUUGUGAACAUCUUCAUCAGACUCGGGCUAGUUAUGCCCGUAAGAUAAGUUACAAUAAUCCACAGAACUUGGCAGUUGAGGUCUUAGAAGUCUACUAUAGGAUCCAUGCUUGCAUUCUUAAAUACUUGGAGCAAAAUGAAGGCAGAAAGCUUGAGGAAGAUACAAGGGCACUUUUUGAAAAACUGCUGAAGGAUGCAGCUGAGGGACCUUUCAUGGCCUCUAGUUCCAGAGAGACAGAAGGAAAAACUGAGAGUGACGAAGAGCAAAAAAAAAGACAACUGAUUGAGUCCAUAGAUUGUGUGAUUGAAGAUGUCCCAUUUAUGAAGAAAGCGCGUCUGGAUUUGCCUUUGGAUAUAUGUGUAAUGGAGGAUGUUAUUGAUGUGAUGGAAGGACUCAUUACUAGAGUUGUAGAAGGGGAAAGUAGGAUAAAUCAGACACUGUGCACAGCAGAGACACCAGACAACAUAAAUGUGAACCCAGUUAGGAACAAAGAUGAUGGUGUGGAAGUAAUCAUUUUAGAUGACACAUUGCAUAAAACCUUUGAAUCUCCAAAUGAAGUGAAUAUGCAGGUGGACCCACUAAGCAUAGACACUGAGACUGUUGUCAUUAAGAAAGAGCCAGUGACAGAAAUGGUUGAUUGUAAAGAGUUAGUAGUGCAUGAGCUAUACACUGAAGCAAACUUGGAUGACAUUGAUUUAGCAAUGGAAGUUGUUGAAGAAAUUGUUGUUGAAGAAGUCAUAGUUGAUGAUGAACUGGAUCAAACAAGUAACAGUGAGAAUAAAGCAAAUAUAAUAAAAGAUGAAUGUGAAGAACAGAUCACUGAGUUGAAAAUGUUGGAAGCUUCUAGUGAUGUUAGAGAUGUAGUUGGAAGUUCGAAAGUUGAAGCAAGUGGCGAUAAGUGUCCGCAAUUAAGUAACACUAAGAUGGAAAGUGGUAGGUAUAACAGAAAUGGUGGGGAUGUUGAUGAUGAAUGUGAAGAUGAUGAUGAUGACAAUGAUGGUGAUGAUGAAUAUGAUGGUGAUGAUGAUGAUGAUGACGAUAAUGAUGAAGUGGAAGAAGAAGAAGAUGAUGAAACAGAAGAGGAGGAGGAGGAGAAGGGAGGAAAAGACAUUAAAAGAAAUGAGCUUCACGGAGCAAGCAAUAUGAACUUGGAGAAUGAAACACCAAAGUUACCUGAACAACAGCCAGAAACAGAGGAAAUGGAAAAUAUGAUACCGGAAAUUCCCAUAAAUCGACGCAGUUCUCAGGAGACCACUACAAGCACAACCACCACUACAACAACAGAAACUUCAACAGCAAACUCCACUUCAAGCAGCAGUGAUUCUGAAGGCGAUUCAUCAUCUAGCAAUGAGGACUCCAGCAAGUCUUCGUCAAACAGUGAUUCUGACAAUGCCAGUGAUUCCAACUCUGAAGAAGCAGACCAGGCAGCUGAAACAAUCACGAGAACUACAUCAACUGCACUCACAGACAAGAAAAAGAGCCAAGGACCUUCACCUGCCAAGCGAGAAGAUGGGAGGAAGAAAGAUUAUGGAGAUGAUGAACUCGGUGGUAACUAUGAUCAUUAUGAGCUGGUGCGACAGUGUCUGGUUGCUCUGGAGGAAUGUGUUCUGCGGUUCCCCCAACAUUACAAAUCCCUUUAUCGUCUGACGCACUUUUAUUUCCACUCCAAGUUCCAUCGCAAUAUAUCCAAAUGUCAGGACCUCCUUAUGGGAACCUACAAGUGCCUCCCCAUGGAAGGAAGGCCUGCCAAUGCAAGCUUCCAGGGUCUGUUUGCUGAGAGGAAGAACAAUAACUUCUUUAAUGGAGUAUGGCGCAUACCAGUAUCUGAGAUUGACCGCCCAGGCAGUUUUGCCUCCCAUAUGAGCCGCUGUGUUCUACUGCUCAUGGAAGUGUUGCGGGAGGUACGAGAUCACAGGAUGUUGCUGGAGCUCUGUCUGCAGUUGAGGCGAACUCCUGAAGCAGACAAAAAAUACCUUCGUGAUUCUGAAAGAGAGCAGUUGUGUCGUCAAGCUUUGACACUAGCAUUGCAAGCAUUACGAGCAAAACUCCGUGAUGGACCCAUAACAAGUGGACUGGUAUUGGAGAUGUACAGGGCAUACCUUCGCGUCCAAAGGCAUCUACCACAGAAGGAAUCCGUCUUUGCAUCACUGCUGUCUGAAGCAUAUAAGCAGCAUGCAAAGGUGGAGACAGCAGUGUUGGACCAGGCCAUACGUUUCUGCCAGCAAGAGUUAAUAGCCAGUCGAGCUGCGGCCCAUCCCUCCAACGCAACUCCAGCACCUACUACUCUGAGCCAGCCUGUCAUCACUAUGCCUCCAACCACUACCGGAGCCAGUACCAUUGUGUCUGCACAUCAGCAACGAAAGGCAGUAACACCAGCUGUGAAACCAGCAGUUGCCUCAAAUCAUUCAUCCAUACAACCACCACCUCGUUGUCGUGGUCGACCUCCAAACGUUUCCCAUGUCAGUGGAACUAACACUCCCCUCAGUUCAAAAUCUCAGUCUCCAAGUUCUCGUAAUAUACAGAAGGUGCCUCCUCAGCCUUUGGGGUCCAUAAUACCUGCAAAUUUGUCAGCGCCCACAUUGCCCUACUAUCCCUUUCACACUCUUUUCUCUGAUCCAUCUCUUAUUACUGCAGCUGUCCAAUCAAAAUUGCCUGCUAUGUUAGAUCCACAAGUUGCUGCUCUUAAUUUCUUGAACCUGCAUUCUCAUAUAGGUGGAUAUCAAGCAGAAUUUCUUCGUCAUUUUUCAACUAGUACAGGUGAGGUAUCUGCACCUAUAAUUCCAAACAUUCCUACAAGCCAGACACAGAAAUCACAUGGAACAGCCAGAUCUAAUAACAGCAGUUUUGUGGGAACUAAAGGAAUCCAAAAUCUUCCCAUGCAGCAGCCUACACAGCCUUCCUCUACUUCUCUUCCUGCUAGUAUAUCCAUCACCCCUCUGCUAUCGACUCAAGCAUCUGUUCCUUGCAGUGCCAGUACUUCAACUGCACCAUCAACAAAAUACAGCAGCAGUAAGACCAAUAAGUCAACACCUUCACUGCAGCAGAAACUUCAAGCAUCACAGGCUUUAGCUAAGUCUACUUGCAGCCGUUCUUCUGUUCCAAAUUCUUCGUCUUCGGUACCCAAGCCGAAUUCCCAGAUAUCUACAUCAGUAACUCAGUUGCCUUUGACAGUGACUACUUCAUCCUAUACACCCCCUAAAGAUCAAGCUUUCUUCAGUUCCCAGCAACCAAAAUCAUCCUCUAAUCCUAAUCAGUACUUGUCCCUGCUCAAAGGUGGUGAAGGAAUGUUGACAGCUGGAGUGUCCAUCAGUCAAGUCACUGCCACACCUGUGAACACUACAACAACCACAAAGUCAGCCUCGAAGCUUGCAACCUUUCGUAAACAUUCCGCAUCUUCGUUACAGGAUCAGUCAAGUGUGUCUAAAGAUGUCACAAAUAUAUCACCUUCUUUCAAAGGGAGUCAUAGUGACAGUCUGAAAACACAAAGCAGAUCUGAUUGUAGCUUAGUUACUAAAAGUCAUGAUGUUGCCUUGAGGACUGCGACGACAUUAGGAUCCAGAAAUCAGAACAGUGGAUGUAAAUUGCCAAUUACUUCUGCUAGUGGUCCUUCCAUUUUGAGUGGCCAGACUCAGAUGAUUCCUAUAUCCAGAAGUCAGAGCAGUGCAAUUGGACAAGACAGUUCUGUUUAUAAAGAAAUUCAAGCACCUCCAAAAAGCUCAAAUCAUUUUAUGCAAAGGGGGCAAAUGAAUGAAUCAACAGUUAACAAAACUAAGAGUCCUGAAACCAAGGACCUAAAUCCUUCCAGCAUUUAUAAGAGCCAAAGUGGAAGUAAGGGCUCCAGAAGUCCUGGAUCACUGAGAAACAUUGGGCAUGAGGUUACAGUCACACCAUCUUUGUCACACUCUGCCAGUGCGACAGCUGCCAUUUCUAUGUUGAGCCAUCUUCAGCAGCAAAACACUGAAUUGGAAUUAGUCACAAAAUCAAAAUCAGCAACAUUAGACUUGCCUGUCGCCAUUCCUUCUUCAAUAACCAUCACACCGAAACAACAAGGUAGUCCAGAUGCAACCUUCAGCAGAGGGCAGCAAGGGAAACAGAGUUCAGCUGGAGGGGAUAGUUUUCGACCUAGUAAAAACAAAUUUAAGGACACCAUUUCCAUAACAGAAGUAGGCAGGAAGGUCUCAAGUGGAAGUCCAGGAGCAAAAAGGAUGGGAGCAGCCAGUGCAAUUAGACAAGAUAGACAAAAAGAAGAGAAACAGGAUGAUAAACAUGGGUGUGCAGCUGGAGACAGUGUUGAAAUAAUUACACUGGAGUAGAUCCUGAAGACAAAAUAAUAUGUGUAUGUGUAUGUGUGUGUGUGUAUGUGUAUGUAACUGUAUUUUCACGUGUACUUAUUCAUGACAUGAUUUUAAAUUAUUCCAUAGUCCACACCAAUGAAAUCAGACUCUGUCUCCCUUAGUACAAUGAUUUAAAACUUUUCAUUGUAUUGUAUUGUAUUUUAUAAGUAGUUUGUAUUAUAAAUAGAAUCAUUCUGUUGCACCUGCUCUGCUGGUUCGCUCACGGAUUUCUUCUUGUCUUCUACACUGAAGAUGGAGGCGAUACG